AUUCGAAAUAGAGUAAAGAUCAUAUGCUUCAACACAUUGGAGAUAUUUCAAAGAUCUUAGCGACAUUAAAAUGCUACGGAGGACAAUUUUAAGACUGAUAGUCUUUGCCAGUACUUUACGUUUGUCAGAAUCUGUUAGGUGGCCUGCUGGAUCAUAUGGAAUACCAAAACCUGUGUCUGGCUGUCCUAGGACUACUGGCUUUCAGUGGAAGAAAGGAUGGAGGUCUCAGGACACAAAUGGUGCAUCAUCAAAAAAUGCCAGAUCCCUUGACUUCCACCUCGACGCCGAAGUAGAUGAGACCAAAGUCCAAAGAUCAUUCUGUAUAAAAACAUCCAUAAUUGACGACCAUAACAGACCGAAGUGGCCACAAGGACAAUAUUGUAUCUACAAAAGGGGACCCUGCCCUGCAAACUUUAGAAAAGGCUAUGUCUACUGGGAUGAUGACGACAGUAAACAAAAUAAAAAUAAACAUAAUGGAACGCUUCCUGAUGGUACGUACAACGAGAACACGAGAAUCGAGUUUUGCUGCAAAAGUGACGGGGAAAAAGAUACUUCUAUUCUCCUUCCCUCCGAAUCUCCAUUUUUCCUGCUGGCUUACAACUCAGGCAAAUGUCAGAUGGUCAAAUGGGCGAUAGCCAGUGUAGAGUGGAUUUAUUAUGAUACUCAAAACAAAAACAACCACGAUGGAAGAAACGGCGAAUUCCCUUAUGAUGCCGGUAAAAAGCAUCCCAAAAUGUAUUACUGUUACUACACUGGUUGUAAUAAAACUCUAGCUUCAGCCAAUGGCACUUUCCAUUCACCGAACUAUCCAGGAAAGUACCCGAAUGGUCAAUACUGCUCGUGGACGAUCACAGUUAACCUAACAAAACAGAUCUUAUUGAUUUUUACUGAAUUUAGACUGCAAAACAAGAUUAACACAGACGAAUUAUACGUUUAUGAUGGAAAAGAUUCAAAGGGGGAGGUGCUAGGAGUCUUUUAUGGAGGUCACCCUCCCCCAGAAAAAGGAAUGUACUCUUCAUCUAAGCACAUGUUUAUAAUUUUCAAGUCAGACAAAAAUAACUCUUACACCGGCUUUAAAGCGUCUUACUUUGGUGUCAAUAUUUCAGCGUCAACAGGAUCACCAGACAGGACGACACUAAGUGAGAUUCCUUCAUCUCCAGCUGAUGACCCGAACAGUAGAGAAAAGGGCGAACCUGAAAACAAAGGUGUGAAUGUGGUAUUUGUGGUCGUUCCCUUGGUGAUGAUCGCCCUUUUAGCGUUCGUGCUUGCAGGAGUGGUGUUUUACCGCAAGAGCUCAAACCGAAGGAAAAUAAGAAAUGAUGAGAACGCACCCUGUUGGCUGCCUCUUUCAUCUAUUCCACUCAAAGUAGCGAGCAGUUUUGUAGUUGAACCUGUUCGUUGGCCAUCUGGCCGAUACGGGAUACCAAAACCUGUAGCUGAGUGUCCUAGAGCAGGAGGGUUUCGCUGGGAGAAGGGAUGGAGAUAUCAAGACACAGAGGAUACUAAUUCGGCAAACUCAAAAUCACCGCAAUUUCACCUUGAUGGAGAGGUUCGAGAAGCAGGAAUUGCAAGAUCUUUCUGCAUGAAAACUUCAACAGCUGACGAUAGCAACAGGCCACACUGGCCAUCAGGGCAGUACUGUAUCUACCAAAAAAAGAAAAUUUGUCCACUAGGUCUAGAGUCAGGUCAAGUCUACUGGGAUGACGAAAACGACAAUAAUAACAAUGAUAAAAGUGGCAUACUUCCUACUGGCAAAUAUGGAAAGGACACCAAGAUUUACUUCUGCUGUGCGACGAGUGGAAACAAAACUGAUCCCAUUAUCAUCCCCGCUAAAGAUCCAUUCUUCCUGCUAGCUUAUGGGUCAAAAAAAUGUCAGAUGGUCAAAUGGGCGGUUGCCAGUGUGGAGCGGAUACGUUAUCAUACUGAAGACAGGAACAACGAGGAUAAAAGCUAUGGGGCGUACCCUUACAAUGCUGGAACAAAGAACCCAACCAUUUACUACUGUUAUUACCGUGGAUGCAACGAAACUCUUACAUCUAUAUAUGGUACUUUCCAUUCUCCAAACUACCCAAGAACAUAUCCAGAUGGACAGUACUGCUCCUGGAGAAUCACAAUCAACCAAACACAACGAAUCCGUAUGACAUUCACAAACUUUAGUUUGCAGUACGAGAGUGACACAGACGAAUUAUAUGUGUAUGAUGGAGAGAAUGCUACAGGGAAGAUAUUGGGGGUGUUUUACGGAGCUCAUCCACCCCCAGAGGAAGGAAUAUUUUCCUCGUCUAAUAAUCUAUUUGUAAUGUUCAGAUCAGAUAGCAAAGGCUCGUACGCUGGAUUCAAUGUUUCUUACUACGGUGUUAGUUUUCCAACUACCCAGACAACAGAGAUAACACACGUUUUCCACACGAAAAACACAACAUCUGACGGAGAGCCGAAACCUACAUCUGAUAAAUUAUCGAAAAAGGGUGGAGUUGAAAGCGGAGAGAAGCAACCACAAAGACGAGGUGUGAAUGUAGUAGCCGUGGUCAUUCCCGUGGUGUUGGCCGUCUUGCUUGUUUGUAUGGGUUCAGCUGUCCUCUUUUAUAUCACACGGUCAAGGAAAGCAUCAGCCGUGUCAACUGAAAAUCCGAAUUAUGAUAGCACCUUGGUUACUGCAAACACAAAUGAAAUUAAUGGUUUAGACGGAAUUGAAUUGUACGCCGAAGUUAAAAACCAACACGACGUCGAUGAUAGUGGGCAACUCUGUUGUGGAAAAGAAAAUGAAAACCCUUCGUAUGAGCCUGCAAAAUCACCCGACGCUGCUGUGGUUAACCCCAUCUAUGAAAGGUUAGUUUUAAGUCGGAGUGAGAGACUAGUCAUUAUUCAUCACCUGGGGGAGGGAGGAUUUCUGGAGGAUCACAUGAUUUUAAGGGGAAAGGUGGGGGAUCAGUCGUCGCCAACAGAGCAAAAAGGGGAAGGAUUAUAG